CUUAUUGUAGGAUGAUUUGUAUUUGGUCAAGGAAAAGAGAAUUGAAGAGAAGGAGUUCUAUGUCCAUGCUGGGAGGCCUGGGGGUCUUUUGGGCUAGAGUAGAUAUUUUAAGGCAAAUGACUGCAGUUUUUGGACACAAGUAGAAUCUAUUGGAUAAAAAGAGGUAGGAGUGGAUACCAGCGAAUCUUGGUGUCCAUCUCUGGGCCUAAAGGGCUGCUAGGGGGACAAGAAGGGGGUGGGUAGUGAGUCAGAGUUGGUGGGAUAGGGAAAGAGAGGCCCGGAAGUCAGCAACAUAGCAGUGUGGCCAGGUGCCUGGGGCAGAAGGGCAAUAAUGACUUCCAGUUCCCACUAUGCUGCCAGAGACAGCUGCUUUUUGUCUUCUCGCCUCCUUUCCCCAAGUCAGCACUUGGGAAAGUUUCCCAGUCACUGCACCCUUAGUUAUGCCACUGCCAGGAAGCCAGGAACAUAGGUUCCAAUACAUUGUUGAGCCAACAGAUACUUGCAAGGUUGGUGUCCUUGCAGAUCACCCAAGCCAGACAGAGUAAAAGUUGGGCCAUUUCCAAGCCACAGGAAGUGGGGGAGGUGAUUCAGCUGCUGAGUCAAUACUAUUCCCAUUUACCUCACCCUGCAUCCAAACUACACCAGGUGGGAAGCGGGGGAAAGGGUUCUGACUCCAUCCCCUUACAGUUUGUGCUGAUCUUAGGAUCCCAGCAUGAUGCCAGGGGUCUCUCUGUUGUAGGUCCCAGGGCAGGAAUUCAGUAGGUACUCCCCCCUGCCAGUGCCUCAGUGCUGUACCCAUGUCCCAGGGAGUAAGCAGGGACAGGAGGGGGCUUUGUCCCUUCAGUCCAUACUGACCAAGAUACCCUAAUUCAAUACUAGGAACACUGAGUUGUGGGGAAGGGGUGGGGGGACUCAGUAGGAGCCAUUUCUGCUCUGCAGUAAGUGCUACCCCAGUGCCCCUGCUUGGCUUGAUACCCCUGAGCCAGACUCUUGGGUUCCAAACCAGGUUCUGCCUUUACACCUGACCCCUCCCUCUGAAGCACAGAAGUCUGAUUGUGAAAGUACUGGGGGAGGGUGGAGGCUGGGAUGUACUGUGGCUUGCACAAGGCUCCUAGCACUUCCUUCAGAUGCUCAGACUGUGACACUCACACCGGCAAGCGCGGGACUGAGGCACCUGGAGGAACCCUCCCCAGGGACAGAGUCCACUAAGGAAAAACUAACUGUAAGUGGUCAGCUCUUUCCAAGUUAUGAGAGGAGCCCAGAGCUGGGGAAGCAGGGAGCAGCAGCUCGGGAGUGAGGGGCACUGGGGAGCUAAGGGGAGAGGUGAUUGCUGGGGUAGCAGGAUUAUAUAUAACAGGUUAUAACUGAGGGUGGCUGGGGGACCCUAGGGAAGGCAGGAGCUGAGGGUUGAGCCUAGGGUUAAGUCACUCACAGAGCUUUGGGGGAAUCCCGAGGGAGUGGGGGUGCAGUAAGUGGGUUAGUGGCGGAGUGGGGUAAGGGAUGGGCACUAGCAGAGGUAUGUAGAUAGGUGUAAGGGAAGACAUGUGAUUUUUCUAAAUUUAUCUCCACUUCCAUCUGCCUCCUUUUCUGCUUUUGGGCAGUGGGGAUGGUUAAUGGCAUUGAUUGGCUGGACAUGUGAGAGCCAAGCUGCUGUACCAGGGGUGAGAGCCACCUCCAUCCCUGGGUACCUCCUGGAUUGUCUUUUCACUUCUCUCUAUGGCAGCCAAGAGGCACCUUCACUCUGAGCCUCCUACUGUACUCCCCUCCUGCCAUUUACUCUGAAGUGAGGAGUAUGGGAGUUGACACCAUGCUGGGACCUUGCAUUGGGGAAAUUGCUCUGGUCACUCAUACAUCCUGUCCUGUUAUCACAAGAAGCCAGGUUGCUAGCUGGAGCUGGGGGAAGAGGAAGCGAGACAGCCAUGUAGAGAAAAAAUAGGUGGGUUUGGGCAGGGAUAGAUAGAUAGAUAGAUAGAUAGAUAGAUAGAUAGAUAGAUAGAUAGAUGUGAUCAUGAAUGUGUGCAUAGGACUGCACAGAUGAAUGGAUGAGUGAAUAGAAGCAAAAGUGGGUGGGGAGUGGGGGCGAUGUGGAUGGGAUGGGUGAAGUAAUACUUCUGGGGAUGAAUGGCAGAAGAACAGGGUGUGUAUUGGGAUGGCGGGUGGGUACAUAUGGACAAAGGGAUAUGUAUGGAUGGGAGGGAUGAAUAGGCAGCUAGAGCCUGUGUGAGAGAAGGGAAGAGGUGUGUGUGGGGGGAGAGGAUGGGGGCCUAUUGAUUUAUGGACCCCUCAAUUAUUCCUGCUCCUUCACCUUCCCACAGACCCUUUGCCUGCCUCAAUGGAGAAUGACACCCUCUCUACUUCAGUGCCUCUUGCAGAACAGACAUCCCCACUGUCUGGCAGAACGAUAGGGCUGGUAGUGCUGUCCCUGGCAUUUAUCCUUGGCUUCCCAGGAAAUGCCUUUGUAAUAUGGAGUGCAGCCUGCCUUGUCCGGAAGCACACUGUCACCAGCCUCCUGAUACUGCACUUGGCCGUGGCUGAUGGGGCCACACUGCUCACCGCACCCUUUUUCCUCCGGCUGCUGAGCAUCGGGCAAUGGGAGUUUGGUCUUUUCAUCUGCCGGUUGUGCUACUAUAUCUGUGGGGUGUGCAUGUAUGCCAGCGUCUACCUCAUUGUCCUCAUGAGUCUUGACCGCUGCCUGGGUGUUUCCAAGCCUUUCCUCUCCCAGAACAUCCGCACCAAGGUAGUAGCCAGGUCCUUGGUCCUAGUUAUAUGGCUGUUGUCUUUCCUCCUUGCCAUCCCCGUCAUCUUCUUCCGCCGAUUGGAAAAUUACUCUGGCCGCUUCAUCUGCAAACUAUCUCAUGAUAACCAGCAACAUUUGGUUUUCCACAAACUCUUUGAGACCCUGACCGGCUGCAUACUGCCCUUUUUCAUUAUCAUCUGCUGUUACAUCGUCAUCGGGCGCCGGCUGAAGGAGACGCGUUUCCGGAGGAAGCGCCGCACCAGCCGGCUCAUCACAGUCAUUGUGGUGGCCUUCACUGUCUUCUGGCUGCCCUAUCACUUUGUGAACAUCCUCGAGGUGGUCGGAAAACUGAGUGGCUUAAAAAGUGUCACCCAGGCUGGAGAGAAGGCACAGCCUACCAUGAUUGCUCUGGCUUUCUUCAGCAGCAGCAUCAACCCCAUCCUCUAUACCUUCACGGGUAGCAGCUUGCUCAAGGCAGCAGGUGUGGGCUUCAUGGCCAAGUUGUUUGAUGGCACAAGCUCUGAUAUACUCAGCUUACGGCAAGGUACUGGUCGGUCCACCCAGCAGCGUGAGGAGGUGGAGAUGAAGGUGGUGAGGAAUGAGAAUGAUGAGAACAUCACCCCAAUAGGAUUGUCAGUGGAGACCACGUUGGAUGGGUGCUGACAGCUCCUACCACCUUCAGCCAGCCCUUAGAAGACCCAGAUGGAUGGCUGCCUCCUUAACAGGGGUGAGGUGUAAAUUAACAGAACUGGAGAAUUUGCCAGAAAAGUAUGAUUUUUUUUUAUAUUUGGCGAUAAGGCUGGACAGGAUAAAUGCAUUACCUUGUUCUGUACACCUCUUUUCCUUCCCACCACCAACUGCUGAGGGGAGAAAACCAAGGAUCAUAAGACCUAAAGAAAUCUCUGCUGAGGCACCAGCAGUGACCAAUAAGAAUGAGCUACUAACUGUGAAUAACAUUGGACUCCCCACAAGCCUGAUCCUUGCACUUCUUCCCCCACUCCCUCCCUCCAGCCUCUAAAAAAUCAGUGAUAAGGGAAUGAGGUUUUUUUCCUGGUAAUAUGGGAAUCCUUGCUGUCUCUAAGGCUGCACAGAUCCCAUCCCCCCAGCCAAGGUUGGUCAUAGAAAUGGUAAAGAAGUUGGGUUGGAAGGGAUCUCCAUAGGUCAUCUAGUCUAAACCCCUGCCUGAGGCAGGCUCAUCCAUAUUCAAACCAUCCUAUACAAUCCAUAAUCUAACCUCCAGUCAUUAUGACUGGCACUGAACAGACAAUGACCAAGAUUGGGGGCCCCCUCCUAAACCAGGUGAUGCCCAAGACUUGAGAUUGGGGACCCCGUUUUGUUGGGUGCCGUGCAGACACAUGCCCAGAACCAGUCCCUGCUCUGGUGAGCUCCCAGCCAAGAGACUGUGGCAGUAUUAAUUUCUUCUUUCUCUGGAAGCAUAGAAGGGUUAAAUGACUCUUCCAAAGUCCUGGGACUCCCUUAGGGGUCAUUACCACAUCUGUUUCCUUCCUCUUUUCCCUUUCAAGAUCACCAACUUUGAUCCAGCCUCCCCAUCUCUCCCAACAUGCACACACUGUGGCAGUGAGCUGACUUGCUCAGGGUGGGGAGUGGGGCGUUAUAAAGUACUUUAGGGCUUGUUCCUGUAGAGAGCCUGAGUUCUUAUUUAGCUAUAGGCCAGAUGGGAUGAUCUAUCUCAUGGGGUUGGGAUAUGAUUUCUAUUCUCUGGGCAUACCAGAUCUGAUGCAGCACCCCAUAAUGUAAGUCCUCCCCUGCUUAAAUAAAUGGUUGCUUUUUGUCCUGUA